GGAUGGUUUAUCAGUCGCUUGGCAUUGUUGACUAUUCAUCAUUAAUUCAAAAUGUAUUAUUUUUGAAACAAAGCCUAUGUUUUUACAUUUCAUUCACUUAGGUUAGGGAGUUAAGUGUUCUAGGGAGGAAGAGUACACGUCGCACCUGCGCUUGGGAGAAGUUUGUUUCGUUGGUGUUUGUGACGGGGCAGGCGCACUAUCAGACUGCACACCAUGCGAUACCUUUACAGUCACUGAGCCUCUCACUGAAUAACCAAAGUCCAUCAUAUCAACUGGAAUCAUUGAACUCAUUUAACCCUACACCAAGACAACGUACAGUACUUGGACUAACUGAUACAUACACUUCCAAAGAAAAAGUGACUGUUAUUUCGCGGAAUAUCAAACAGGAACCCUAUUUUAACGGGCGGAAUGACUCCCAAUAAAGCCUCAAUAAAAACUUUCUUCACUUUUCAGCUGUUUCUUCAUGUCGUCUCAUUAAGUGGGCUGUUAGAAGAAUCUCAUCUGCCAGAUCCACAGCUGCUUCCAUCAGGAGACACACACCUUCAGCAUGUUGGUGGCUCUCUCACACUCAUUUGCAGGGGAUCUACUCCACUGCACUGGAGGCUGGCUCACAGGAAUGUGACAUCGGUACAGGCCGAGCCGUGUGAGGAGAGAAUGCACAAGCACUGCAGCAAGCUGGUCAUACACAACCUGAUGCACAACGACACUGGUUUCUACACUUGCAGUCACCGCAAAUCCAAGGAUCAUGAGGUCUCCACGUAUGUUUUUGUCAAGGAUCACAAUCAUCCAUUUGUGGAGGCAUACAGUGAUUCACCAAACCUUCUUUAUGCAUAUCGGCAUGAUCCUUUUUUUGUGGUCCCCUGCAGAACAACAUCCCCCUACCAACAAGUUAUUCUUGAGACUAUGAAUCCUAUGGCAGAUCAUAUAAAAAGUGCAGUGGAAUGGGAUCCAAAGAGAGGUUUCAAGAUCCCCUUGGGACCUAAAGACAGCUAUCAAAUGAUUACAUGUGUCACCAGUGUGGAUGACAAGCAAUUUUCAUCACACUACAUUCUCUUAAGGAUAACCCCAGUUCUGAAGAACAUCCGCAUCGAACCAGAACAAACAAAAGUACUGGUUGGUGACUACCUAUAUCUCAACUGCUCCGGAGAGACCACUUACAAUGGAAGAAUGGAAUUUGAGUGGCAGUUCCACAAGAACCCAAUCAAUCGCACUCACCAAACGAAGAUAACAAGGGACCUACCUGGUAAAAUCAUCGUAAUGACUAAAGCAUUAAUCAUACCUAAUGUGACAAUGGAGGACAAGGGCACAUACAGGUGCAUAGUAACAAAUGAGUGGAAAAAGCUGCAAGCUUCAACUAAGGCUUUCGUAUUCGAACAUCCAUUCCUCAAUGUCACUCAUAAUAAAAGUAAAUUCAUCACUGCUGCAGAGGGUAGAAAGGUGCAGUUUGAGCCAUGGGUCAGUGCCCUACCUGAACCAGACAGAGUGACAUGGUACAAAGAUGGAGUUGCCAUUUCAGAAAAUUUUACAUGCUAUGAGACAGUGGGCUAUCACCUCACCAUUAAAGAAGUAAGACAGAAGGAUGCUGGGAUCUUCACUAUCGCAUUGUCAAACCAAGAGAAGGGGCUCUACAAAAACCUCAGCUACAGGCUAGAAGUCAAAGUAAAGCCAAAGAUUUCUGAGGAAGAAGUGGCUCCAGUGGGCCCCCAAACUUACAGAUAUGGCCAGAAUCACAAGCUCACCUGCACUGCAUUUGGGAUCCCCAUGCCAGUCAUUACCUGGUUUUGGCAGCCGUGUGACCCCAGCCCUGAGCAUACAGAGUGCAAACUUUACUCUGAUCCACUUCCUGUUGGAAACAGCACCGAGUCACUGAUUUAUCCUCAUAAUCUGAUUGAGGAUAUCAACAGCAAGGUCGGACUGCUAAAGAGUAAAAACAAGACUAUAGGCACCCUGGUGGUGAAAGCAGCUAAUGUGUCCGGGGUCUACUCUUGUACAGCCAGGAAUGAACUUGGGAACCGGACCAUGAGAAUUCCAUUCUAUGUGGAUGAUCACCCACAACCUUUUGAAAUUGAGCCCUUGAAAGCCGUUGUUGGAGAUGAUAUAACAUUGACUUGCAGGGGCACAAGAUUCCUCUAUGAUAGGUUGAGUUGGCUUGAUCCACUGGGUCACACAGUGCCCAGUAGCGAAACCAUUCUUAGGAUCGAGCCGUACACCAUAUCUUUGUUUAUCAAGCUGCCAAAUGUCUCCAGAAACCACACACUGGGCUACGAGUGCCAAGCUUUCAAUGUAUUCUACAAUAAAGUGGUCAAUACAACAUCUGUUUUGACUAUUGAUGAGAGGCAAGUGCCCUGGCUGAUGCAGAAUUUGACCAAUCAGGAUGUGAACAGCAGCAGCACCCUGACAUUGGCCUGCCUUGCUUAUGGUGUUCCGACCCCCUAUAUCACAUGGUACAAAGACAAGACUCCUGUCACAGAGGGACCAGGAAUCAGUCUAAAAGAUGACGGGACUCUGAUCAUUGAGAGGGUGAAGAAGGACGAUGAGGGCAUGUAUGAAUGUCACGCCAGCAAUGCUGAAGGUGUAGCAAUAUCCAGUGCCGUCAUUACUGUAGUGGGAGAAGAAGGAAAACCAAAUGUUGAGGUGAUCAUCUUGGUGUGUACUGGAGCAGCAGCAACAUUCCUGUGGAUUAUGCUCAUUCUCUUUAUCCGUAAAUUGAGAAGGCCAAGUUCAGCAGAUUUAAAGACUGGAUACCUGUCCAUCAUCAUGGACCCAGACCAAAUCCCCCUUGAUGAGCAGUGUGACCGUCUGCCCUACGACAGCAACAAAUGGGAGUUCCCAAGAGACCGCCUCAGACUUGGUAACAUUUUGGGCCAUGGAGCAUUUGGAAAAGUUGUAGAGGCCUCUGCAUUUGGCAUUGACAAGGUGUCUACUUGCAAAACUGUGGCUGUGAAAAUGCUGAAAGCGGGAGCUACAAAUAAUGAGUGGAAAGCUUUAAUGUCUGAACUAAAGAUUCUCAUCCAUAUUGGCCAUCAUCUUAAUGUGGUCAAUCUGCUAGGAGCCUGCACAAAGCGUGGAGGUCCAUUAAUGAUAAUUGUGGAAUAUUGCAAAUAUGGAAACCUUUCCAACUACUUGAGGAGUAAGAGGGGUGACUUUGUCGUUUACAAGUCUCAGGAUGGUAAGGCUCUGCGUUUGAGCUCUGGGUGUGAUCUGAGUGAGCUCAUCAAACGCAGGUUGGAGAGCGUGGCCAGCACCGGAAGUUCAGCCAGCUCCGGCUUCAUUGAAGAUAAGAGCUACUGCGACUCGGAGGAAGAGGAGGAAGAGCCAGAGGAUUUGUAUAAGAAAGUGCUCACUUUGGAAGACUUGAUUUGCUACAGCUUUCAAGUGGCUAAAGGCAUGGAGUUCUUGGCUUCACGAAAAUGUAUUCACCGUGAUCUGGCCGCACGUAACAUCCUGUUGUCCGAAAACAACGUAGUGAAGAUUUGUGAUUUUGGACUUGCAAGAGAUGUAUACAAGGACCCAGACUAUGUCCGCAAAGGAGACGCCAGACUUCCCUUAAAGUGGAUGGCGCCAGAGGCAAUAUUUGACAAGAUCUAUACCACUCAGAGUGAUGUGUGGUCUUUCGGAGUGCUUAUGUGGGAGAUCUUCUCUCUGGGUGCCUCCCCUUACCCUGGCUUACACAUAGAUGAGGAAUUCUGCUGCCGAUUGAAGGAGGGCACCAGGAUGAAAGCUCCUGAAUACUCCUCCUCUGAAAUAUAUCAGACCAUGCUGGACUGCUGGCAUGGAGAACCAUCCCAGAGGCCCACUUUCACAGAACUAGUAGAGAGGCUUGGAGAUCUGCUUCAAGCUAGUGUGCAGCAGGAGGGAAAGCAUUACAUCCCAAUCAACACCCUGUUGACCAAAGACGAUCCCUCAAACCCGGGCGCUACAGAGGAGACCUCUACCAGACCUGUCUCUCUUAGAGACUCAGGGACGGCUUGGAACAUCAAGAUCCGCCCAGCAAGUGUGAAGACCUUUGAUGAAAUAAUCCUGGACAAUGGAACUAACAAGAUCCAUGAGGGGGGACAGUCUGACAGUGGGAUUGGUCUAUCUUCAGAUGACCUGAAGACACUAAAUCGACUGGAAUCACUGGCUCGAGCGAUGAAGAGCAAAAGUAAAGAGUCAGUUCUGUUGGAGGGGGAAAAGGAGAAAUACCCAUCAUCUGUUCCUUCACUGGACUUGAGUCUGGAGGACUCCUCACUUGAUCCGGAGAUGGAAUGUCAUAGCCCACCGCCAGAUUAUAACUAUGUGGUUCGUUACUCCACGCCACCUGUCUGAAUAGGUCUGCACUAAUACCACCAGAAGUCUCACCAGGUUCCAGAGGAUCUGAUUAGUUGGGUCCAUUCUGUCACUGCACAUUAGAUAUAACAGAUGUUUGUUUCACUUUUUUCCUGUUUUAUCUUUUUUAUGGUCUGAAAAGAUUGCAUGGAUGGUCCAAAUGGUCAUUUCGGUAGAACAUUUUCAAGAUUUUUUACCUCUUGUUUUUCUGAGCACUUUUUCAAAGUAGUGUAUUUCAGGUAGUGUAUGAGUACAGUAAAAAUAAAAAAUAAAAAUCCACUGGGCUGCCACUCAGUAUCACUGUGACAGUCACAGAUACAGCUAUGGACCACCUCAGGUAUUCCGGUCAUCUACUGUGAACACAAUAAGCACAACUUAAUACAGUAACGGCACUGCUUUCCCCAGUGAAAUGGCAGAUUCUUCAUACAGAGUGGUCAUUUAAUCAUUCGUUCAGUCUUUAGAAAAAUAGGAACAAAUAUUUUUAUAUUACUUCAUAUUUUAUUUCUAGACAAAUGUAUUAUUGAAAUGAAAACUGGAAUUCUGUUCAUGUGAUACUGUUUGUUUGUUUUUUUACAAAAAACUGAUUCAUUUUUAAUAUAUAUAUAUUUCUUUUAAUCAGAUUUCACUCACAUUUUACUUUAAAACAAUUUUUUAAGGCAACUGUCAGGCAAAGGGUGUGUUCACACUUGUAUUUCAGUUCUCUUGGUCCUCUUGGUCCGGACCAAAAAAGAAAAUGAUACAUUUAGUCCUGGUUCGCUUAGCGUUCACACUGGCAUUUUUAACACCGAACCUAAAGAUACGAAACAAAAGGCAUCAGGAAAAAGUCACAACCUGAUUGGACAGAUUUUAUGAUGUAUAUUUUGUGACAGAACUUUCCGAACAUCCAAAACAAUGCUGGCUGCUGGGCGAAAUACACUCGUUAGAUUUAUAUAUGUAUAUAUAGUGGUAUUUUUACCAGCUGAGAACAAAUGAAGAGCUAAUAAAAUGUGUAAAAGAGUCAAAACAGCAGCAGGAAUUCCUCCGUUGCACACACAAACGAAGAUAUGCUGCAAGGACGGCAGACGGUGGUUCAACGCCUGUACCGAACUGUAAUGGGCAACAUAGCUCCUAUGAUGAGAAGAACCAGGUAUGCUUGAGGUCAGUAUUAGGCAAUUUACUUCCUGUUUUUGGUCCGUUUAGACGUCUUUGGUCCAUGUUGCGUUCAUAUAUCAAUCGAACCACACCAGAGUUCAUUUGGAAGCGUUCACACUUGUUCAAAUGAACCGCACUAACAGAGCAAUCGCACCAGAGUUCGUUUUAAUCAAACCAAACCUGCCAAGUGUGAACACACCCAAAGUGUCAAACAAAAGAGCACAGAUCAUGAAUCAUUGAAAGUGCAGUCUGAAAUGUAAAUUGCAGAACACAUUGACCAGUGACACCCGGGUUCCGCCACGCCUAUCUGAGGGUCACUUUCCUCUUGCUCAGUGAAACUAAAAUUAAUAAUUUCUGUUUCCUCAUAUAGUAUUUUUAUCUGGCAGAAGAUCAUGCUUUUGUCUUAAAGGAAUGCAGAUGAGAAACAUUUAUCUUUUAAUCUGGUUUAAGAAUGUUCAAGAUAACUUCACUGGCCAAGUGUAAUGUCUUUGAGUGUGUAGGGCAGGGCAGAAUGUCUUAUGGGUGCAGAACAUCCAGUCCAUUACUGUGAAAGUGUCUUAGAAAGCUUAAAUAAUUUAAUAAGACACAUAUUUUCUCAAUUAUUGAUAAGAUAUGGACCACAAUAAAAAGGCCUGGCUUUAUUCAACAAUAGUUACACUACAUGGUGUAUUUUCCGUAUUUUAUGCUGUUUACACUACUGUAUACAAAACACAUAAUAUAUUGUGCAGCUGUUAUCCAGGAAAGUACUCUGUAAUUCAUUCAGUAGCUUAUUGUGCUAAAAUACUACUAAAGCUUGCAGGGCAGGCUGAAGGAAUACUAAGAACAUAUAAAACUGUCAACAGGCUGGUCUCUACAUAUAAAUAAUAAUUCAUGAUCAUUUUAGUAAAAGCAUGUGCACACAUGUAGACCUAAUCAGUAUUAACUCUGUAACAAUUAUAUAUGAAUUACACCAACACUGUGGGAUGGGAUGGGUGGGAAAUCCAGUUUGAACAUUAAAUUUGUUAAUCCUGAUUUGAUAUUGACUUUGAAGGAAAGCUGUUACCCCGUAUCAUUGCUAACCAUUAUUAUAUUUUAGGUCCCAGAACUGCAUUCAACUAGUGGACUGUUUUCCAAAAAGAAUUUAAAAAUAAAUAAUGUACAGUGCUGUGAAAAAAAUAUUUGCCCCCUUCCUAAUUUCUUCUAUUUUUGUGUAUUUGUCAUGCUAAAUUGUUUUAGACCUUCAAACGAGAUAUAAUAUAAAAGAAAGGCAACCGGAGUAAACACAAAAUUCAGUUUUCAAAUAUAUAUAUAUAUAUAUAUAUAUAUAUAUAUAUAUAUAUAAUAUAAUGUAUAUAUAUAUAUUAUUAUUAUUAUUAUUAUUAUUAUUUUUAUUGAAGCAAAAAAGUUAUCCAACACCUAAAUCACCCUUGUGAAAAACUAACUGCCCCCUUAAACUUAAUAGCUGGUUCUGCCACCUUUAGCAGCAACAACUUCAACCAAAUGCUUCUGAUAACUGGAGAUCAGUCUUUCACAAUGCUGUGGUGGAAUUUUGGCCCACACUUCUUUGCAAAACUGCUUUAGUUCAGGUUUCGAGCAUGAACUGCCCAUUUAAGGUCCUGCCACAGCAUCUCAAUCAUGUUCAAGUCAGGACUUUGACUAGGCCACUCCAAAACUUUAAUUUAGCUUCUUUUGAGCCAUUCAGAGGUGGACUUCCUAUGCUUUGGAUCACUGUCUUGCUGUAUCAUCCAGUUGUGCUUGAGCUUUAACUCACGGACUGAUGACCGGACGUUCUCCUAUAGGAUUUUCUGGUAGAGAGCAGAAUUCAUGUUUCCCUCAAUUAUUGCAAGUCAACCUUGCCCUGAAGCAGCAAAGCAUCCCCACACCAUCACACUAUCACCACCAUGCUUGACCGUAAUUAUGAUGUUCUUUUUGUGGAAUCCUUUGUUUGAUUUAUGCCAGAUGUAACUGAACCCCUGUCUUCCAAACAGUUCCACUUUCGACUCAUCAGUCCACAGAACAUUCUCCCAAAAGGUUUGAGGAUCAUCAAGGUGUGUUUUGGCAAAAUUUAUACAAGCCUUAAUGUUCUUCUGGGUUAGCAGUGGUUUUUGCCUCGCCACACUUUCAUGGAUGCCAUUUUUGGCUUGUGUAUUUCUGAUAGUGGAGUCAUGAACAGUGACCUUUAUUGAUAUGAGAGAGGCCUGCAUUUCCUUUGGAUGUUGUCCUUGGCUAUUUUGUGACUUCCUGGAUGAGUCAUCACUGUGCUCUUGGUGGAAUUCUGGAAGGUCGGCCACUUCUGGGAAGGUUCACUACUGUGCCAAGUUUUCUCCAUUUGGAGAUAAUGGCUCUCACUGUGGUUCUUUGUAGUCCCAUAGCCUUUGAAAUAGCUUUGUAACCCUUCCCAGACUGAUGUAUUUCAAUCACCUUUUUCCUCAUCAUUUCUGGAAUUUCUGUCAACCUUGGCAUAGUGUGCUACUGGGUAAGACCUUUUAGCCAACUUCAUGCUGCUGAAAAAGUUCUAUUUAGGUUUUGAUUUGAUUAAACAGGGCUGGCAGUAAUCAGGCCUGGGUAGUCCAGCUGAACCCCAUUAUGAAUGCAGUUUCAUAGAUUUGGGGAUUUAGUAACUUAGGGCAAAUACUUUUUCACACAGGCCCAGUUGAUAUUGGAUAAACUUUUUGCUUCAGUAAAUAACAUUAUCAUUUAAAAACUGUAUUUUGUGUUUACUCAGAUUGCCUUUGUUUUAUGUUAGAUUUUGUUUGAACUUUUGAAAAACUUUUGUAUGAAAUAUACAAAAAAAACAGAAGAAAUCAGGAUGGGGCAAAUACUUUUUCAGAACAUUGUAUAUGCUGCCAAAUGAUACUUUCAAUAAUGGUAUUAUUGUUGACUGACUGGUAUUUGUGAAGUAAAAUUGUAUGCACUGAUAUUUUCUACAUUUUUGUAUUAUAACUGUAUUUUAAUAUUAACCAAGCAUAAAUAAAGAUAUAUAUAUUUAUAUGUA